CUCUCCCUCUCCCACUGCCAGCUGGCCGCGCUGCUGAGCCGCGACGAGCUCAACGUGCGCUGCGAGUCCGAGGUGUUCCAGGCGUGCGUGGCCUGGGUGCAGCAGGACCGCGCCGCCCGCGCCCCGUUCCUCCCGGCGCUGCUCCGCGCCGUGCGCUGCCACGCGCUCACGCCGCGCUUCCUCCGCGCCCAGCUCCGCCGCGACCUCGGCCGCGACGCCCUGCGCUACCUGGCCCGCGUCUUCCGCGAGCUGUCCCUGCACAGACCCUCCGGAGACCACCCCCCCGGCAGGACCCCCAAGGUCAGGCAGAUGAUUUACGCCGCCGGGGGUUACCUGAGGAGGUCGCUGAGCACCUUGGAGGCGUUGGACCCCGAGGGUGGGCGGUGGGUGAGGUUGGCGGAGCUGGAGACGCCGCGCUCGGGGUUGGGGGGCUGCGUGGUCGGGGGGCUUUUUUACGCCGUGGGGGGUAGGAAUAACUCGGCGGAGGGGAACACGGACUCGGCGGCCGUGGAUUGCUACAACCCCGUGAGCGGGCGCUGGUCGCCCUGCGCGCCCAUGAGCGUGCCCAGGAACAGGAUCGGGGUGGGGGUCAUCGACGGGCUCAUCUACGCCGUGGGGGGGUCGCACGGCUGCACCCACCACUGCUCCGUGGAGAGGUGA